AUGAUGCCCAGAAUCUUUGCUGCUGUCUUCAUUUUUGAACUCCUGUUUUCAGGCUCAGAAGGACUCACAGAUGACAAUGGUGCAGAUACUGGGCUGUGGAUGUGCCAUCCAGCGCCCAGGUGUGGGGGCGAGAUGUACAACCCCUUGGAGCAGUGCUGUGAUGAUGACACCAUCCUGCCCUUGAACCACACCCGCCUCUGUGGCCCCAGCUGCACCUUCUGGCCCUGCUUCCAGCACUGCUGCCUUGAGUCCCUGGGCCCCCAGAAUCGGCAGGCCGUUGUCAGGUUUAAGGUCCCGGGCACAAAAUCCAGCUGCAUUGACGCCCCCCUCAGCAGGAUCUGUGGCCAGGAAUACUUCCACAGCAAGCCUCCUUCCAAAAAUAAAUUAAUCUGGAACCUCCUGAAGAGCAUAGACUCAAGACACUCAAGACUAUAA